CUAUUCAAAAUAACUGGUCCACGAAAUUCGUUCUGAAACAUUAACCUGCAAAAUAUUAUUUUAUACAUGUAACGGAUCCUAAUAAGAUAUUCAUAAUCAAUAUUUAUUUAAUAUACAUAAUCGAUAAUACAAUUGAUGGAUUGAUAAAAUUUUGCGCAUAAAAUUGCAUUUUAUACAUAUCACUCAUCAUAUAGUGCGUUUCGUAUGGUGAAAUAUACGUUUACUGUCAACAAAAAUGGAUGUAUCCUAGAACUGAUUCUUUAUUAAGUAAAACAAACCACAAAAAAGUUAAACAUGACGACACAGGCAAUGAUGCGAGUCAUUGAGAAAAGGGGCAUAGUUAAGGUCCCUCAGGAGAUAGUUCCGAGAGAUACAUUCACUACAAGCUCUCAGAUGGAAGAACUCGAAGAUGACCUCGUAGCUAGCUGUCUAGCCAAACUCCAAGAUGGUGUCAAGGUGACUCCUGUAGAUGCGACGGAAGCCCUAAAACAGUAUAGAAAGUUUCAACUUGAAAUGGGACGACUGCAAACUCUUAUCAGCAGACCCUCAAGAUAUCCAAAGAUGACUUCCAGCUUGUACAUGCAAGAGAAAAGCUUUAAAGACAGAACAAAGAAAAUAAUAGAAGCUAAAGAGAAGGAAAUAGUAAAUCUUAAACAGAAAGUCACAGAAAUGUCCUUAAGAUUAAGUGCUAUACUAGGGACACAGGUUGUAGAAGAAGAUGAUAAGAAAAGUGACCUCACAGACAGCGUUAAGCCAGUCAAAAUAGCUGAAGACUACAGGACAAUAUACCAUAUGGAGUAUCAAGUUGCUCAGGAAGAACUUGCAAUUGCAAUGGAGGAAGCAAAGGUUUUGGUUUAUCUGGGGAAAGUAACAUGGGUCGCGUAUGAAUUUGCAAAAGACAUAGCAAAACAGCAGUUGGCUGAGCUAAUGAAGAAAGAAAUCGAGAUACUUAGAGUCAUGUCAAGACCAAGCUAUGAGGAGAAAGAAAGGAGAAAGCCGUUGGUUGCAGACGGUAUUUCAGCCCGGAAAUUUGAGAGGGAUGAAACAUUGCAACUUCUAAAGGACUACCGAAGAUGUCUAGCCCGAACUGCCGUCCCUGGUGUCAAACAGAUAUUUCAAACGCUGAUGGCAAGGUCUCCGCCUGAGAAAGGAGGGACGUUAACUGACGGCGUGAAGAAGUAUAUCCGGAAAGUUGUAGAGCAGACCUACCUGAUGUGCAUACAGGAACCUCCAAUGCAUCUUGAGUGGGUUAGAUUUGGUGAUAUACUUGACACAGAAAAAUACAAACCAUAUAAGGGAGAGGGAAACCAAAUCGUCGGCACCAUAUGGCCGGUAGUUCUUCGGCACAAAGGUGGACCAGUUAUGAGCAGGGGCAUUGUGGAUGUAAUGUUCAGCCAAAAGAAUGGACCAAGAAGUGUAGUUAUGCAGAAACAGAAAUAUUAUUGAUCAAGAUUUCACCGAAGAUAUUUGAUAACAAAUGCUUUAUUUACAUUUUUUUAAAGUAUAUAUUCAUCGUGGAUGCAAUAAAGUGUGUAAUAAUGUAGACAUACAAAACAUUACUCAUUAUUACUACAGUGACGUAUGUUUCAUUCAUUUUUCUGGUACAUUAUUUGGUAUAAUCUUCUAAAUAAUAUUUUAAUACAUGAAAGCUGAUGUUUUGUGGAUAUCAAUUUAAAUGUUUGGGGUAUAUUUACUUCUGAAAUUCCUUAUACAUAAGUCUACCACAUAUAUUCUCAAUAUUCUUCAUAAAUAAAAUACAUUUAACAGUU